AUGUGAGUGGACUAGAGAAUCCAGCCGACUGUGCCUCUAGAGGUCUCUAUCCCACUGAGUUACUAGACUACGAGCUCUGGUGGAAUGGUCCUGACUGGUUGAAGAAAUCUUCCACCGAAUGGCCUAAGAAAAAUAUGAUCAAGCCCAAUACCCCAGCUGACGAAGAAAAGGAGAUUUCAUUGCUGGUAGUGGCAGAGUCUGACCACUUGCCAGUAAUCCCUUUGGAACGAUUCUCGAAUUUUAACCACUUCAAACGUGUCACUUGCUGGAUCAAUCGUCUUGUGUACAAUUCCAAAAGGAAAAGGAAAGACAGGAUCCUGUCUAGCUGUUUGACCACCCUUGAACUCCAGCAAGCGGAGAAUUACUGGUACAAAUUCGUUCAAUUGAUUCACUUCAAAUCCGAGAUUGAAAACCUGAGCAGCAACCAUCCACUGCCCAACUCAAGCUCACUCAUCUCUCGAAACCCAUUCCUUGAUGAUAACAAGUUGCUUCGAGUCGGAGGCAGACAGCAACUAUCUCAAUCGUCUUAUGAAUCCAAGCACCCUCUGAUUCUGCAUGGAAGUCACAAGCUGACACGUGUGAUCAUAUUCACAGAGCAUAUUCGAUUGUUGCACGCUGGUCCAACACUGCUUGCCAGCUCUCUGAACAGACGGUAUCAUAUAAUUGGUGGAUACAAGGUCAUUCGCUCUGUCACAAGGAAAUGUGUCACUUGUCGAAAGUAUUCAGCCAAGCCCCUACCACAGAUGUUGGGACAGCUGCCACCGGAAAGAAUCACUCCUGGAUCUGUUUUCGACAAAGUAGGCAUCGACUAUGCCGGUCCAGUGCUGAUCAAGUAUAGUUAUGUCCGGAAACCAACUAUCGUAAAGGCAUACAUUUGUGUUUUUGUAUCGCUAUCGGUAAAGGCAGUUCACUUGGAAUUGGUGACCGAUCUGACAACGGACGCGUUCAUCGCUUGCCUAAGAAGGUUCAUCGCUAGACGUGGUCUACCUACACUCAUUUGGAGCGACAAUGGCACCAACUUUGUUGGUGCAUCUAGGCAGCUAUCAGAUGUCUACAAAUUCCUUGAAACGCAAGCGAAUCACCAAACCAUCAGUGGUCAUCUUGCUAGUCAAAAUAUAGAAUGGCGGUUCAUACCGCAACGUGCUCCACACUUUGGAGGUUUAUGGGAAGCUGCAGUAAAGAGUGUCAAGACCCACCUGCGCAAGAUCUUAGGCGAAGUCAAGAUGACGUAUGAGGAAAUGUCCACAGUCCUGUGCCAGAUUGAAUCUACCCUCAAUAGUCGACCGCUGACACCCCUGCACAACGAUGAUGAUGGCAUUGAGGCUCUCAUCCCGGGACACUUCCUCAUCAAUAGACCACUCAAGGCACUACCUGAUGUCUCAUCUAUAGCUCCUCGUCCACUCUCACUCUUGAAGCGAUGGCAAUGUUGUCAAUCAUUGGUACAGCAUUUUUGGAAGAGAUUCUCGACAGAAUACCUUUCUCAUAUAGGAAAGUUCUACAAAUGGCAACACCCAACAAGAAACAUUCGCAUUGGUGACCUUGUGGUCAUUAAAGAAGAUGCUCCCAUACGCAACCGAUGGCCAUUGGCUAAAGUAUUGAACGUUCAUCCAGGCAAGGAUGGUUUAGUGCGAGUGGCUCAGAUCAAGACGGCCGAUGGAACCUACACUCGUCCCAUUACCAAGCUCGCGGUAAUAUUACCGAUUGACGAACAAUGAGUAACUGUUGAACAAUGGCAAUGUACCUAAGACCAUCCGGUCUUGGCCGGCGGUAUGUUGAUGUGUACAAGCUAGGUGUUUAAUUACUUGAUGUUAUGCAAUAUUUACUAGGUUCAUAGUUUAAUGAGUUUGUGGUAAAUGUGUUGUUUUGUUCAAUUUUCUUUGUUGUGCGCAGGGCCCCUUGCUCUGGCCCUGCCCCCUUUGUUUUGUAUUUGCCAUCACCCACUAUCUUUCUCAGUUAUUGUUGUUGUUUAUUGUAUUUUGUCUAAACUCACUAAGAAUUGUUGCAAAAGGUCAAGUCAACUUGUACUCUAGGAUAAGUAGGAGCCUGUCUCCCAACAAUAGCUAACUCUCAAACUAAACUAGCCUGUCUAGUUCUUAGUCUAGAUACAAGAAAGAGCUCAACAUUAAAUGGUCCUUCGAACCGGAUAUACGACUCCGAACUCAUUGGCAUCCACGGCUCUCUCUUGUAGCCCUCUCUCACUCAUACAGUCCACACUCGAUCGUACGUCUGCACAAGAGUGCACGAACUCUGUACAAAGGUGCACGACCCAUCGUAUCGCACGACCUGCACAACGGUGCACAACUCGACGGCUGCACAAGAGUGCAUGUAAGUCUGCACAAAGGUGCAAAAAAUUGUUGCUGCACAAAGGUGCAAAAUUGUUGCCCUGCACAAAGGUGCACGAACGAACCAAAACAUUUAGUAUACAUCAUUCUUAUCUCUUAUGAUGUCUGAGCUCACUACUCUCAAAAGAAGGAGAGGCUCAGUAAAGGCCAGCAUCACAAGGUUGACUUCCAAGCUAACAGAGCUCGAAGGCAUGGACUUUGAUCAAUCUGUCUCAAGCCAAGCGCAACAGUUACUUAAGAGAUUGGAAUCACUUGAUACUAGCUUCAAGACGCAUAACAUGGCAAUUCUUGACGCUAUAGAAGAAAGCCAAGUCGAAGCUGAACAAGAAACACUUGAUAAACAUGACGACGAUGUCAUGAAUAUCUCACUCAGACUACAAGCCCUAACUACUCUUAACACUGACACUGACACUGUCGAGGCUAGACCUCUCCCUGAUUGUACUCUCAUUGGUCGCCGUCUGGCGGAGUUGCAAGCGAGACUCUUGUCAGUCACAGAAGAAGCAAAUACACUCUCUGGAGAUCCUGCAGAAGUUCACUUAGCCCACACCUACCAAGAAAUACUUGCAGACCUCAAGGCAGAACUCGCAGACAUCAGGAAGGAAGCAGUAGUCAUUGCCGCCGAUUCAUCUGAUGAUCUCAGCACGGCUGUUUGUAAUCAAGACAAGGACAUUUUCAAUCUAUCAGUAAAGAUCAAAAAAAUCCUUUACAAUCCUGGAUACACUUUGGAUACACUUUGGAAUCGCUCACCACCACGACACCUGAACCGCAUGGAGUUAGACUCCCAAGAAUUGACAUUGCUUCGUUCGACGGUGACCUGCUCAAUUGGCAAACUUUCUGGGAGCAGUUUAACAUUUCUGUCCACAGUCGCAAGAAUGUUGCUAAUGCGGAAAAGUUGGCUUAUCUCCGACACUCUCUGAAGGACGGCCAAGCCAAAUCAGUGAUUGAAGGACUCUCUCAAUCUGGUGAUCAAUACGCGGAGGCUAUUGAAUCUCUCAAGGCACGAUACGACAGGCCACGCUUAAUUCACCAAGCUCAUGCUCGGAAAAUCUACGAAGCUCCAAACCUAAAGGAUGGCAGUGGCAAAGAGAUCAGACGCCUGCAUGAUUCUGUACAACAGCACUUGCGUGCUCUCAAGGCAAUGGGUGAAGAACCUUCUGGAGCAUUUAUAACUUCUAUACUGGAACUGAAACUGGACCAAGCCACAAUGUUUGAAUGGCAAAGGGCCAGUCAGGACUCUACCAGUGUUCCGCACUAUCAAAAACUACUUGAGUUUCUCGAUCUUAGAGCACAAGCCUCAGAGACGUGUUCGCUUACUCAAGAAAGGCGUAGCGGACGAUUUGAGCACAAGAAACCCUACACCAAUCCUCACAAGAUUUCAGCUCACACUGGAAACGUUUUUGAAUCAGCCGGAAACUGCGUCACUUGUAAAGUCGAGAAGCACCCACUGUAUGCCUGCCCGAAGUUCAAGAGCUUACCCCACGACAAGAUGUUGUCAACUGUUCGCUCUAACAAUCUAUGCCUAAACUGUUUUAGGCCCGGACACAUGGCCAGGAAUUGCCCAAGUCUCCAUCGUUGUAAUUUCCUCGUCAGUCUUUGUCGCAAUGAUAAGAUCGUCGACGUACACGGCAACAAUACAUAGCGUGCCUGUUUCUCGAACAUAGAUGCAGGGGUCUGCUGAACUCUGUUUAAAUUCGACUGAUUUCAUGAACUCAGUAAAGGCUUUAUUCCAGCAUCUUGGUGAUUGCUUUAAGCCGUACAGAGAUUUCCUCAGCUUGCAUACAAGGUGUUCCUUUCCUUGCUGAACAUAACCAUCAGGUUGCUGCAUGUAGAGAUCCUCUUCCAAAGUUCCAUUCAAGAAGGCGGUCACCACAUCCAUUUGAUGUAGUAGCAUAUCAUUCUGAACAGCAAAUGCCAGCAGAACUCUGAUUGACGAGAACUUAACUACAGGAGAGAAUGUCUCAUCGUAGUCAAUGCCAGGUUUUUGAGCAUAACCUUUGGCAACUAGUCGGGCUUUAAACCUCUCUAUCUCUCCGUCUCCUUUGUACUUGAUCUUGAAGACCCACUUACUGCCAAUCGUUUCUCUUCCUCUUGGCAGUUCCACAAGAUCCCAUGUCUCGUUCUGUAGGAGUGAGUCAUACU